CGGAAAUAAUCCUGGCAUAUUCCUGUGUCAAAUGUCUACUGGCCCAUUAGCACGCCCAUAACAUUUAUUAAAAUACAAUAAAUUGAUGAAACUUAAAGGAUUAUUUUAGUGUAAUUAUGGACUCACAGGGAAGGAAGGUUAUUGUAUGUGACAAUGGAACUGGGUUUGUCAAAUGUGGCUAUGCUGGUUCAAACUUUCCUGCCCACAUUUUCCCCUCACUGGUUGGGAGACCUAUUAUCAGAUCUACCACCAAAGUCGGAGACAUUGAAGUCAAGGACUUGAUGGUCGGAGAGGAAGCCAGUGAGCUGCGCUCUAUGCUGGAGGUGAACUACCCAAUGGAAAAUGGCAUUGUCCGGAAUUGGGAGGACAUGACCCACCUGUACGACCAUACUUUUGGUAAAGAUAAAAUGAAGCUGGACACCAGGAAUACUCGCAUACUUCUCACGGAGCCUCCCAUGAACCCAAUCAAAAAUAGGGAAAAGAUGAUACAACUCAUGUUUGAGAAGUAUGGCUUUCACAGUGUUCACAUUGCCAUACAAGCUGUACUGACCCUGUACGCUCAAGGUCUAGUCACAGGUGUGGUGGUGGACUCUGGUGAUGGUGUGACCCACUUUUGUCCAGUCUAUGAUGGCUUCUCACUUCCACACUUAACACGUAGGCUGGAUAUAGCUGGACGUGACAUCACCAGAUACCUCAUUAAGUUAUUAUUGCUGAGAGGUUAUGCCUUCAACCAUUCUGCCGACUUUGAAACCGUGCGAAUGAUGAAGGAGAAGCUGUGUUACGUAGCAUACGACAUUGAGUUGGAGCAGAAGUUGGCAAAUGAUACAACAGUUUUAGUCGAACCCUACACUCUUCCAGAUGGUCGUGUCAUCAAAGUUGGAGGGGAAAGAUUUGGGGCUCCAGAGGCACUCUUCCAGCCUCAUCUGAUUAAUGUGGACAGUCCUGGAGUGGCCGAGCUUCUUUUCAACACUAUCCAGGCAGCUGAUAUGGACCUGAGAGCAGACUUCUAUAAACAUAUUGUGUUGUCUGGGGGUUCUACAAUGUACCCAGGCUUACCCAGUCGACUAGAGAGGGAGAUCAAGCAGCUUUAUUUAGAGAGAGUUUUGAAAGGGGACACCACUGCCUUGUCUAAAUUUAAAAUUCGAAUUGAAGAUCCACCUCGCAGGAAGCACAUGGUGUUCAUGGGAGGUUCAGUUUUAGCCGACAUCAUGAAGGACAAGGAUGAGUUUUGGUUGUUGCGUUCAGAGUACGAGGAGAAAGGUGUCCGUGUCUUAGAUAAACUGCUUCGGCCAGCCACUAGCUAAACAUUUCCUUAACUUUAUUUAUUAGAGAGAGAUAGAGAGGGAGUAUUGACUGUUAACCAUUUAUCUGCUUGUCUGUCCAUAAGAGAACCGACAAACCAAACGUUAAACCUUGGUUUGCUGUUCAAGCUGAACACUUGGCAUUAGCGGCUCCUCCCUGCACCUUGACACUUAUCUUGUUUAUCAUUUGCCUCUGUUUUGUAUCAAGUUAUGAAUGCUGUGUAUGUGUGUGUGCGCUGAUGGGUUCAUGUAAAGGUUAUGUUGUCUGGGUGAGUGCUAGCUUGUUAAACAUGAUAUAGUCACACCACUGACCAAAUGUUAUUCACUGGCUACUGCAGCCCACUUCUGCUGACUGAGUUGUCUGUUCUUUUGACUAUUUUAUAUUUCACUCUUAUUGUUUUUUCUUUAUCAAAUUUCUUUCACUAUUUAUUGCUAAGCAAAUGAAAAAGAAAUUUGAUAAAAUUUGGGAUGGCAGAAUACAUUGUGGGCUGGUGUAGAGCGUGUGGGGCUUACAUUUCAUAGCACUAACGUGGAGUGUCUGUAGUUGAUUCAUUCCAAUCUUUAACACUGACUUGUCAGCUUUGGACUUUUUUUUUUUUUAUUUCAGUGAUAAGAUGAAAUGAUAAUGUCUUAAUGAAAUUAUUUAAGAAAUGUAUUACAAUAUGGCCUUUAGCAUUUUUGUUUUUAUUUGAGGGUUAUGUAUGUGCUCAUUCACAAUUGUAAUCUUUUUUUUUUUUUUUUUUUCGACAUAGAAUGUAACUAUAAAACAAAUUAUGUGAAUAUUUUUAAAAACUUUUAGCAUUCUAAUGUUAAUAACUGCUAUAUAAAAAAUGUAUCAAUAAACUAUGACCUUACAGA